UAAGUGAACUCUACGCAUAGAACUCAAGAAAAUGUUUUUACUUAUGCUUACUUUACUGUCGGUUGUUCUGAUUAUGAUUUAUCUCUUUCUGACAAGGAAUUUCGCGUACUGGCGUACUCGCGGUGUAAAAGGACCGACACCGCUCCCAUUAUUUGGCACAUUUCCUGGCUUAAUUAUGAGGAACCAACAUUUUGCCGACGAUUUAAAUGAUAUUUACAGAAAGUAUAAAGACAGUGAAAGUUAUGUGGGUGUUUUCCUCAUGUGUACUCCACACCUUAUGAUAUUGGAACCACAGCUGGUACAUGAUGUUUUCGUGACUUCCUUUAAGAAUUUUCAUUCUAAUAACGUCGCAGAGUUGAUCGAUAAAAGAAAGGAUCCAUUGAUAGCCAAUAAUCCUUUUAUACUGAGCGGCAAGGAAUGGCGUGAUCAACGAGCGUUAGUUUCACCAGGUCUUACCAUUGCCCGCGUUCGAAGCACUUACUCUACAAUGCAAUCGGUUUCCAGGUCUUGGUGCGCAUACUUGAAAAGUCAGAUUGAUGCGAAACAAGGAUACAGUUUGAAUGGGAAAGAUAUUGCACUGCAUUUUACCUCCGAAAAUAUGGCAAGUUGUGUUCUUGGUAUUGAAGCCAACACCUUUACUAACCGAUUUAUACCAAUUGCGAAAAAUGUGCAAAUGUUAUCCGAAAACAAUACCGUUUUUACUAUUUACACAUUGAUCGCCGGACUGUUCCCAAGCAUAGUAAAUAUCUUUAAAGUCAAAUUUAUUCCAAGAAAAUGUGAGGACUUUUUCAAAAUGUUAAUUGAAGAGGCCUUGAGAAUACGUUCAAGAUGUAAAAUAAAUCGACACGACUUUAUGGAUCAUCUAUUAUCGCUAAAGAAAAGUGGUAUCCUUAACGACCAAGAACUUGCCUCGCAUGCAAUGACAUUCCUCAUAGAUGGCUUGGAUACAUCAGCCACGGUUAUUUCGCACUGCUUAUUUCUAUUAGGACGUCAUCAAACAGCUCAAAAAAAAUUGUUUGAUGAAAUCACUCAGAAUUCUAUAAGUGGCGAAUUAAGCUUCGAUAAAUUAACCGAACUCUCUUAUUUGGAUGCGUGUAUAAACGAAAGUAUUCGAAUUCUGCCGCCUGGUUUGUGGUCAAUCAAAACGUGUUCUGUACCAUACACAUUUACUAAUAAAAAUGGCGAGCGUAUUUCGUUAGCUAUUGGUGACUCCGUGAUCAUACCAAUAUAUGCUCUUCACCACGAUUCCAGUUACUACAAUAAUCCAGAACAAUUUAAACCUGAGCGUUUUCUUAACGAUGAAGGAAAUAUAUUGAAAUCAUUUCGCGAUAUUGGAGUGUUUUUAGGAUUUGGCGAUGGUCCGCGAAUGUGCUUAGGAUAUUAUUUCGCAACUGUUCAAACAAAGGUAGCGAUUGCUUCAAUCGUAUACAACUUUAAAAUAUCUUUAAAUACAAAAACUAAACCCUUUAUUAAACUAGAUCCGAAAGUGUUUCUAGCAAACCAGGAUGGUGGUGUUUGGCUUGAUCUUCAGUGCAGAAAUUAGCUUGUAUAUGUUUUCAAUUGUUUCUCUAAGACUUUCAAAUUUCGGUUGGAUUAUUGGCAAUCAGAUUGCUUGCGUUUUUUCUCAUUGCUUUGUUUUGCGUCUACAAUAAACUGAAUACCUAAAUACUGUUAAUUUGUACGUUAUCUUCUAAUUAUCAGUUAAUAUAGCAACAAAACUAAACACCAAAAAUAUCAGCUAAAUCGGCUAAGAAAUAUAAGGGAAAAUGGUGCCAAAUGCAUAACGCCAUUUAUUUGUCGGUGUCCCAAAGCUGUGCACUUUAUAUUUAUGGUUUAGAAGCAGAGAUGGACGACAAGGAUUACAUUUACCAACCGAAUUUGAUUGCAGGAACCCUCAAAAGUUAAGAAAAGCCAAUUUAAAUUAAUCUAAUUGUUUAUUCAAAUACUUACCUUACGAUUGCAGUAAGCUCGUUCGGUGAACCAUUACAACAAUUGUAAUCCUGUGUUCUUUUUUUUCCUGGUAUAAGAAUUACUAUUAUAUUUAAGUAGUCCCGCUUACUAAAAAUCAUUACA